AUGAGGCAUGGCAAAGACUAUUCCACUCAUGUUAUUCCACGGCCAAUGUCCGACGGCACUGUGAUUCUGGGAGGCUCCAGGCAUUCUGCUAAUAGUGAUACUAACGCUUACUCGAACGAAACUGAAUCUAUCCUCGCACGUACACGACAACUGUGUAAAGAGCUCAACCAACAACCAUUCGAGGUGCUUGGUGCUUUUGCAGGCCUCCGUCCAUCAAGACCAGGAGGGCCCCGAAUCGAGCGCGAAGAAAUAAUCGUAAACGAUGUUAAGCGUCUUCUCAUCCACAACUAUGGGGCAGAUGGUACAGGAUUCCAGGCCGGAUACGGCAUGGCGACUGACGCCGUUAAUAAAGCCGAGGAUAUGUUAAGUGAGAUUCUAGCUACUACCAGUAGCAUUAUCGGUGAUCCUAUGAAAGAUGAUCACUGA